UUUCGCCCCCUUCCUCAUCCAUGGGGCAAUUGGGUCUCUUUAACCGUGGAGGCGGAGGGCAGCCCUCAAGAGUGCUGGCCCAGACGCCGGAGGAGCAGGGGGCUUCUCCCCUUCAGGUCCCUCCUCUCCCUCGCCCUCCUGUAGCUGGGCCAAGGAGGCCUCUCUGGGAACCGGUGCGCAUCUAAAGAGGCGCUGAGAGAGCACAACCCGCGGGUCCCCGCUAGGAUUGGCGGGGCUGAGCCCGGAAGCCAGCCUAGACUGCGGGAAAAGGCCAAAAAUAAAAAUUUUUUAAAAAACAGCACAGAAGACGAGACCAUGUCCUUCUCUCAGUUUGGAUACCCGUAUAGCAGUGCUUCUCAGUUUUUGGUGCCAGCCAACCCCAGCACCACUUGCUGUGAAUCUGCACCUCGAUCAGCCCCAGUCCCAGAUGGGUCUACCGGCUCGACCCAGGCCUCCGCCCUCUGCUGCCAGUCUUAUGAGAACCGACUCCUGGGCAGUGCGCGUCCGGAGCUUGGCACAGCCCUAGGAGUUUACGGCUCCCAUUACGCAGCCGCUGCUGCGGCUGCAGCCGCAGCUUCUUCUCAUGGCUACUCCAGCUACCUGCCCUACAGCCCAGAGCCUCAGGCUCUCUACAACGCGUUGAACCCUCAGUAUGAACUCAAAGAGACCACUGGCAGCUUCCCAGCUGGACUGGCACAGCCCGGAGCCUACUACCCCUAUGAACCUUCCCUGGGGCAGUAUCAGUAUGAAAGGUAUGGCUCUGUGGACUUCAGUGGCUCAGCCAGGCGAAAAAAUGCCACCAGAGAGACUACCAGUACUCUGAAGGCCUGGUUGUAUGAGCAUCGAAAGAAUCCAUACCCCACCAAGGGUGAGAAGAUCAUGUUAGCUAUUAUCACCAAGAUGACCCUCACCCAGGUCUCUACCUGGUUUGCCAAUGCUCGAAGACGCCUCAAGAAGGAAAACAAGAUGACCUGGUCUCCCAAGAACAAAGCAGGGGAAGAGAAAAAGGAGGAGAGGAGGGACGAAGAAGAUAGCUUUGGAGCAAAUGAAGGCCAAGAUCCAAAAGCCUGCAAAGAGGCCAAGCAGCUACAGCUAAGUGACCUAGAAGACUUAGAGGAAGAAGGUGAGGAAGAGGAGGAAGAAGAGGAAACAGAAGACCAGGAUCGGAAUACAGCAGACAAGCUUGAGAGGCUAGGGAAGGGGGCAAAGCUACAGCCAGCAACCAAUUUCGAGGCUUCCCAGACUCUGCUUGAGAAAGAGGACCAUAACCGAAAGCAGCAUGGAACUCCACCUGAGUUCCCUUGCAAUAACCCUCCCUGCUCCCGGAGAUCAGACUUCUUGGAAUCCUGGAUGGGACCAGCAGGCCAGAUUCACUGUGGGCCCAGUGAGAAGCCCCAGAUCUGGUCUCUGGCUCACACUGCUGGGGCCAGUGCCCUAGCAGGAGAAUCCGAGGUCCAGGCAGGGCCCCAGAGCCCUCAUCACCAUCAGGCCCUGGGUAGACUUUCCUCUUUGGGCCAGGGCUGUGAAGCGACAGCCAUAGCUGGCAUGAGAGUCCAGGCCAGCCGCUGCACGGUAUUAGAGGAGCCGCCCCAGGCAGCGAAGAUCUUUAGAAAUUCGACUUUCAACCUGCAGCAUUUGCAGCUGAGCUGUGCCUCUUACCCUGGGCUGGGAGAGCCCUGCCAAUAUGCAUCCGGAGCAGAAGGUUAGCGCAAGAAUUGAGAUUUGACGAAGAACCUUGGGAGCCGUUCAGUUCACCAAAGAGCGCCCCUAAGCAAGCCCAGAGACUAAGACACACUAAAGGCAGUUUUUCUCUGCCUCAGAAACGGACAAACAAGCUGUGGCUAGCUUCUCUCAGUCCUUUCACUGAGAGCUGAGAGUAGCCUGCAAUUGCACAGCUUUCGGAAUAUUUGAAGCGCUUGGAAGGAGAGCAAAGAAAGGACUAAGCGAGGUGGUCUAGAGCGCGGGACCGUUGGUUUCUCAAAGGGGGAAGGGGAAGCGUUCUCCUUUUCCCUCCGUCUUCCUUCCCCUUGUCCAUCACAGUUUAAAGCACCCAAAACUCCGAAUCUCCCAGAACACUAAAUAUUCUCGUUUCACUAACCACUAACAGUGGUCAAUCAGGCCGCCCUCGCCAGGCUGAUCUUAAUAAUCUCCACUUGGAUUCUCAGAAACAAACACAAAGUCCCUUUUGCUUUUUCUUUGGUAAAAUAUGUUUGCAAAACUCAGUCUGGUGCUUGGGAAGCAGAAGAAGGCGCAGUUUCCAGCUAAGUGAUCCUGGCGGAGGGCUGACUUGAACCACACGGCUUAAAACCUCCCCAAGGCCAGGCGGGAGGGUCUCCACGUGCCCCUUCAGACCCUGGAAGUAGCGGAAAGGAGGCGCUGGAGAGGCCCUUGUGGAAUCUGCUUCGCCCGUCAUGGAUUCUGUUGGCUCGGCUGCCCUUGCUGCCCCAGACACUCCUCGGGUGCGUCCCCCUCCCAGGGAACUGAGCUCAACUGAGCCAAGCCCUCUGAGUGCGCUAAGCAGGGCCAGCUUAGCGGGUCAGCGCCCUCCAGCAGCUAGAGACCCGGCUCUGCGAGAAAAAGGGGAGGGAAAUCUAAAUGGAGAGCCAGGAGCUCAGCUUUGUUUCUGUUUAAUGGUGUGGCAGCAAAUAUUUUCUGUUCGUCCUAAUAAACGGAGAGGGGGCGAGGAAAGAAAGAAGCAUU